AAAGGCGUUAAAGAGUGGACAAAAGGAGGAAGCCGUCCGAACGCAACUGUAAAGUUAAAGGUGCCCAAAAUAAGACUGGGUAUCCUGAGGUAGGCGGGCCCAGUAGGAUACGAUACCUUGGAUGCUGAAUGAGACUUUACAAGGACGUAUUUAUGCAUUUAUAUAUAUGAAUAAGCUGUUUUUUCAUCCUACAAAUGACCUAAUUUUCAAGUAAUCAGUUGGAGAGGUUAGAAGUGUUGCCUUUGGAAUGACAUCUGGAAUCUCUGCGUACAGAUGCCUACCUCACCAAGACGAUCUGACAAUGCUAUUGAAAAUUAACAGGUAGCCUGUUAAAGGAGGCUCAGUUGAGGCACCACCUAAUCAGUUAAUUAUGACGUGCAUGAAAAUCAGGCUUAAUUAAACCGCUGGUAUGUCAAGAACCUCAUCACAGCUGUAAUUUGAACAUUUUCAGGAACACAAUGGCUGACCUGAGUAUAAUACACGAGCAAAGGAAUCCAGCAGACGUCUGGUUAAAAGGUAUUUUAACAUCAAGAGGUGCAGAUGACUUUAAUUCAGGGGAAGUGAAAAAUCAUCUCGACAGCUUCGGUUUUGAAGAUGAUCUUGCUGAAAAGGACCUCCCUAAUGCUAUGGAGUUUGUGAGUGUCGAGUGUAAUAUGCUCUUUGACUCGGAUUUUAACAUAAAUAAUGAUAACAAAUUGGGGGAGAGGAGUGUUCGGAAAAAGAAGCACAAAAGCAAGAAGAGCAAGUACAGUAAGUCCUCCAAGAAAAAUGCUGUGUUUCCGCUCUUGUAUCCUCUCCCGUUGAUAUCGGAACUCUUUCGGUACCGAAAUGUUGAUGUAUACAAACGAUCGAAUAAGGACGGGCCGUUCGUCAAAAUUUUCCCUUCAGAAUCUGUCGGUGAGAAAAGUAAUUACAAUCUUGAGGCCACAGAGACCGAUGAGUGUGAGGAUAGUGUUAAUGUGAAAAAGUUAAAGGACCAAGAGUGUGAUAUUUGUGGAAGACAGCUCCUAUCCCAAGAUUUAGAAGUGCACUUGCAGGAAGAACAUAUGGAAGGCAUUUUUUUCAAAUGUGAAGUCUGUAAGAAGAAAUUCACCGAGAAGAAGUACCUGAUCGCUCAUCGAAUAUUGCACGUGAAUGUGGUUGGGAGACCCUACCCCUGUUCGCUAUGUCACGAGAGGUUCACCAACAAAACAGCCCUGAAGAAUCACUCCCAAAGCCAUCAUACCUUUGGGAAGGAUGUACACGAUGAAGUGUCUGAUCAGACACUGCAGGCAGGUGAUAGGGAACAGGCUGCUGGCAAUAAGAAGGAAUUCCAGUGUCAGCACUGUGAGAAGUCCUUCACUUACAAGGUACAGUGCACCAGUCACGAAAAGCUCCAUUCGGGCAACGUUAUUGUGAAGUGUGAUGACUGUGACGAUACUUUUAAUGUAAAACAAAUGGUUAGUCACCAGCGUAAGCAUUCCAAAGGCAGACCGUACCAGUGUGACAAGUGUGGUGCUGCAUUUCGGGCUCGUUCAUCUCUGUGGUCGCAUAAAAAAUCACACUUUGGGCACAAGCCCAGGGAGUGCCCAGACUGUGGGUCCAUGUUUUGGAAAAGUUCAGCUCUGAAAAAGCACAAGAAAACUCAUCAUGAAUAAAUAGGUUAUAUGACAUAGCCUCUCGAGUUGCUUGUAUGUAGAACAUACAAGGUUGACAAUUCCUUGAACAUGCCACUUUUUAGGUACCAGUGAAACAAAUAGAAGCCUCUCCAUUAAUUGUAAUUCCUAUUGUUAAUUCUAUUUAAAAGAAAAAGAGUUUUAUUGUUGCAGAUGUAUUUGAGUAUUUUAUGUCAAAAACUUGGUAUCAGACUUGUAAAUAAUGUAGUAUUCCCUGACAGUUUCAAAACAAUUUCUUCUGUAGUUUUCUGUACAAUAUCAUUCAUACUGAAGAGGAGACAGGGGGUCUCAAAGCAGUCUGAGAAUGUUUUUAGUUCGCAGGUCCAUAAACUUUUUCUCUUUUUGUAAUUUCAAUAUUUUGUCUAAGAAUCCACUAAUGGUGUAAUUCCUGUAUAUGACGGUAGUAAGAGUAACAUCAGUGGCAGUGUCUGGUCAAAGCUUUUAAUAGUUCUAGGCAGUGUACUAGUUUUGAGACAGACUAAUGCUUUUUAUGUUUUGUUGAAAGGUAGACCAGUGCAGGAAUUAUCUUUUGUGUAAUUUGACUUUUGUCUCAUCAACUUGUGAGAUGCUGGCAUAUCUUUGUAAAAUAUCAUGCAGUGCAUUUUUGAA